AUGCUGGAAGUUGAACAAUUUGAUUCAGCAGUUAAUGUAUUUGAUUUAUGCAGGAGACCACUCAAAAUUUGCAACAUUAAUCAAACUCCUAUAUUUAAACCAACAUCUACUCGUAUUCCAUGCAUAAAAGCAAUUCAUGAUGUAAGAAAGUCAUGUACUGAAGCAGCAUGGGAACAGCAAAUUGCAGAGCCUAUUGAAGAAAAUGCUACUGUUGAUGGAAAUAUCAAAGAAAACGUUUUUUCAGACCAUUUUAAUCGAGAUUUUGAAGAUUUACAACUUCCAACACCAGAAAACAGGCCAGUUCCAAUAUUACAUGCUGAAGAAUCAUAUAUUAGAACACGUCCUCACUGGCAUACUGAUGUUCCUACAAUGAAUAUGCAUUAUCAAAAGAAAAUAAAUAUUAAAGACGUUUCUGAUCCAUUACUUACAAUACCAUUACCAAAAUGUGAUGUUUGUGAUAAUCAAUUAGAAUAUCCGUUUUUUGCAAAUCCAAAGUACAAUAUUUGCAAGAAAUGCUACUCCGAAGCCAAAUUAUCACCAUUUACAUCUACGAAAGAUCUAUUUCUCAUCAAAGAACCUCAAUACAAUGAUGGAAAUUGGACUUUGGCAGAAACAAACAAAUUACUUACAAUUAUUGAAGAAAUUGGUGAUGAUUGGCAGACUGUUGCAAAGGAAAUGAAGAAUAGAACACCAGCUGAGUGCUGUCUCCAUUUCUUACGUUUACCAAUUAUGGAUCAGUAUUAUAAUGAUGAUGUCAGAGUUGUUGAAGCUUCAGAUGAUGUUCAACAAGCUUAUCUUCCUUUCCUGAUGGCUCCGCAUCCAAUUGCUUCUUUUGUUGAAUUUAUUCAUAUUUACAAUACGAAACUUGGUUCCGCUGUUGCUGAAUCAUCACAGCAGAUCAUCGAAUCUCUUCUUAAAGCAAAUUCUAGCAUGAUUCCGUUUACUCAAAUCCCAGAUAUUCUUACAAAAAUUGUUAAGGCUACAAGUCAUCAUGCUGGUAUCCUUGCCAAUGAAGAAGCUGACACAAUGAUAGAUUUGCUCACAGAAGUUGAUCAUAAGAUGAAUAACCUCGUUUUUGAGCAAUUUAAGGAGAUUCUGACAAAACUAAAGAAUAUCGAUCAAAGAGCUUCAUCAUUGGGCUUUUCUUUACCUAUGGAGAAACAAAAUGAAUAA